AUGGUUUUUGGUGAAAAUCAAGAUCUCAUCCGAACACAUUUCCAAAAGGAAGCAGACAAAGUGCGCACAAUGAAAACCAACUGGGGGCUUUUCACAAAGUCGAGAAUGAUUGCCCAAAGUGAUUAUGAUUUCAUUGUGACGUACGAACAAGCAGAAACUGAAGCGGAUCGCUCCACCGUGUUGUCCGUAUUCAAGGAGAAAGCCGUAUACGCAUUUGUACACCUCAUGUCGCAGAUUUCGAAAGAUGAUUACGUGAGAUAUACUUUGACAAUAAUCGACGACAUGCUUCGAGAAGACGUCGGCAGAACAAUUAUAUUCGAAGAUGUCGCAAAACUUUUGAAGAGAUCGCCCUACUCGUUUUUUCUUGGUUUACUACAUCGUGAAGAUCAGUAUAUAGUUCAUAUCACCUUCUCCAUUCUCACGAAAAUGGCAGUUUUUGGAAAUAUGAAAAUUACCGGCGACGAGCUAGAUUACGUGAUGGGAUCUCUGAAAGAAGCUCUCACGCGUGGAACUGGAAACGACUACAUCGCGACUGCAGUCCGAUGUAUGCAAACUCUUUUCAGAGUAGAUUCCUAUCGAGUGUCGUUCGUAAACAUCAAUGGCUAUGAUUCGCUGACACAUGCGCUUUAUUCGACUCGCAAAUGCGGAUUCCAGAUUCAAUAUCAGAUAAUUUUCUGUAUGUGGCUUCUGACUUUCAACUCGCACGCAGCAGAAGUUGCUCUCUCUGGAAAUCUCAUUCAUACAAUCUCUGGAAUUCUCGGAAACUGUCAAAAAGAAAAAGUCAUUCGAAUUGUUGUUGCAACGCUAAGAAAUCUUAUUGCCUCCAACGAAGACGACUACAUGAAAAAACAAGCCUCUCUUCAAAUGAUACAGAACAGAAUUCCAAUAAAACUUGAUCAUCUCGAAAAUCGAAAAUUCCAGGAUGUCGAUCUUAUUGAUGACAUGGCGUUUCUUCGUGGAGAGCUCAAGAAGGUUGUCCAAGUGCUUACUUCGUUCGAUGAAUACGAAAACGAGCUUCGACUUGGAUCACUUCAUUGGUCUCCUGCACACAAAUGCGAGGUCUUCUGGACAGAAAAUGCCCAUAGAUUAAACGAUAAUCGCCAAGAACUUCUAAAAUUAUUAAUCACAAUGCUCGAAAAAAGUAAUGAUCCUCUGGUUCUUUGUGUUGCUGCGCACGAUAUUGGAGAGUUUGUUAGAUUCUAUCCGCGUGGAAAAAUGCAUGUGGACCUACUCGGUGGGAAAGAAGCCAUGAUGCGUCUGCUGACUGUCAUGGAUCCAAACGUUCGCUAUCAUGCUCUUCUUGCCGCUCAAAAACUAAUGAUAAAUCACUGGAAAGAUCUCGGCCUUUAG